CAAGCGCCGCUGCCGGGGCUCGGCGUGCGGCUGCGGGGCGGGGGGAGCCCCGCGGGGCCGGCCCGCAGAGCUGGAGCCGCCGCUCGCCAUGAGCCGCUCCCGGAGCAGCGCCUCCCCACGUAGGCAAUAGCUUGCUUGAUGGACAUGAACGCCUUGCUGGACAGAUUUCACAAUUACAUCCUACCGCACCUCCGAGGGGAGGACCGAGUUUGUCACUGCAACUGUGGAAGGCACCACGUGCACUACGUGAUCCCCUACGACGGGGACCAGUCGGUGGUGGACUCCUCGGAGAAUUACUUUGUGACCGACAAUGUGACCAAGCAGGAGAUCGACCUCAUGCUGGGGCUGCUGCUGGGCUUCUGCAUCAGCUGGUUCCUGGUGUGGAUGGACGGCGUCCUGCACUACGCCGUGCGCGCCUGGCGCGCCAGCCGCCGAUACGACACGCCCUGGUGGUGGAUCCCCAGGCUGUGUAAGCUGAAGGAGCUGCGCAAGCGCCACCCGCGGCAGUACGAGGAGCCCACGGGGAACAUGGUGCACAUCAAACAGAAGCUCUACCACAACGGGCACCCCAGCCCCCGGCACCUGUGAGGGACUGCAGCGCCUCGGAACCGCACACGGGACUCCUCCUCCUCACGGGAUGGCCUCGGCGCUGCUGCCAGGCCAGCUGGGGACACGGAUUGUCGGGAUUUGGUCGGGAUGUCCACGGGUGGACACGCCGCCAUGCACAACCAGAGCCGGUGCUGGGCGCUCUGCAGCCAAGGCUUUGCACUG